AUGGAGUCCCUGACAUUCUCUGAUUUGAAUCAGCAGGUGUGGAUCCUCCAGGGUCAGACCCUUGUGACAGUUCCACGGAGUAACAGUGUGUCUCCAGUCACUAUCGCUGUUGUCACAUGCAAACAUUUAACAUCUUUUGAGCAAGGCAAAGGGUCUCCCAUUUAUUUGGGAAUCCAGAAGCCAGAAAUGUGCCUGUUUUGUGAAGAUGUUGGAGGAAAGCCCACAUUGCAGCUGAAGGAGCAGAAGAUCAUGGAUCUGUACAAUCAACCUGAGCCAGUGAAGCCCUUCCUUUUCUAUCAUGCCAAGACCGGUAGCACCUCCACCUUCGAAUCUGUGGCCUUCCCUGGUUGGUUCAUUGCUUCCCUGGAGAUAGGCCAGCCCAUCUGCAUAACUUCAGACCAGGGUCAAUCACACAACACUGCCUUCAAUUUAC